GUGACGUGCGCCUUGUUGUUUACGGGCAGUACGGUCGGGUUUGUGAUCGGUACCAUCCUGCUUGAACGGAUCGUCAAGUUUCUGGGUCAAUUUUAUCCAUCUUUGGGUCAAAACACUUGUCUCCCUGCCGUUCCAUUUUUCCAUCGCCUGUUCACCAAGAAUGUCUCGGCAGCUCCCCCUUGCGGUGUCGGAUAUUCACCCACAAAAGCACGAUUUUUCUCGCUCGUCCUUGGAGGUCUCCUUCAUCCUCUGUUUUUUAUUGUAAUGGGCACCGCUCGUAAUUAUCCAGCGUUACUUUUGGCAUAUACUAUUGCCGCAUUCGCUCGCGCUUUCUGGACCGCAUCAUCGAAUUUUUAUGUUGUGUCCACACCCAAGAAGCCCCUUGGGGUUUUACUGGGAUGUUGGUGCAUUGGGUCAUUCUCAGCUCCUCUUGUGUGCCAAACGCUCAUGGCAAAGGGAAUUCCCUGGAAGCAUUUUUAUCUUGGCUCCUUGGUUAUUUCGGCAAUCGCUUUGAUUUUGACCAUCUUUUCUUUUCGUCCGACGCGCAACGAGUUUCUGGCAGACCGCAAGGCCGCACUCGACGUCAUGCAAAUUACGCCGAGUACUUGCAGCCCUAGGGCUGACACGAUUAUAGAAUCGCCCCAUGAAGAGAAAUUCCGAGAUUCUUCUGCGCGCCCUCUCCUCCUGGCUUUGUCAAUGCCAUAUCAAUGGGCCUUUUCGUUGUUCGCAUUUAUUUACAGCGGUAGCGAGACCACUUUUCAAGGAUUUAUCGUUACAUAUCUCCUCACCAAUCGGGGUUCUAGCCCGAAUACUGUCGGGUACGUCAGCAGCGGCUUUUGGGGAGGCAUGGCAGCUGGCAGAUUUUUGUGGGGCUAUUAUUGUACUGGCUUGACCUUCACCCAACGCAAACACAUUAUUCAUGCAUGCACAGGCGUUGCUUUCCUCAUGACCAUCCUUAUUUGGUUUGUUAACUCGACAAUCGAGAACGCACUUUCAUCCGCCGUCGUGGGUUUGAUGUUUGGACCUAUAUUCCCCGGUACACUAGGCCUUUGUAACGAUGUCCUGCCGAGAGACGUACACAUGGUUUCAAUGGCUAUUCUCACUGCCGUUGCUAGCGCGGGAAGUGCCUUACUCCCCCUCAUGACCGGUUUAAUUUCGAACAUGGAUGGCAUGAGAGUCUUCUGCUACGUGACGGUCUCUCAAACUGUCGCCAUGUUCGUCCUUUGGCUCUUCUUCCCCUUGUCUCCACCUGUGCGCGUUUCAAGUCCCGCUUGA